UGUGAAAACCAGAAAAUCACACCUCUAACUCUUCUCAAACUCAUCCCGCAUCCUGCAGCCAUCAUGAGACUACAGAUCCUCCUCGUGUCACUUCUUGCCAGCUACGCUUUCGGCGUGGCGGUUCCAGAAGCAGAGCCGGAAGCUGUCCCAGAAGCUCUCCCAGAAGCUCUCCCAGAAGCUCUUCCUGAAGCUAAUGCCGAUAUUCUUGAGCAACGAGCCAUCGGAAGCUACUGUCAGCAAGACGAUGCACCUGACAAAGGUACCUGCCAGAAGACAACCUGGUGCAGGGCAUCUGCCCAAGUUGGAAUUACCAGCAAUGGCGACUGCCCAUUCGAUCCCGACGACGUCAAGUGUUGCUACAUUCCAGACUGCAAGAGUCACACGGGUACUUGUCACACUGUUAGCUGGUGCAACAGCCAAGGAAGAACUCAUGUCGCGGGAUACUGCCCAGGGCCUUCCAACUACCAAUGCUGCCUCUAUUGAUACGGUCCCCAAUGUUGAAAGUGAAAAUGAUCGUGGGGAGCUCUAUUUGAAACGAUGUGCGUGCAUUUUUCAUGCCUCUCUAUUUUCAUGGCCGUGACUAUGUCAGUUUUGUUGGCUGCAGACUUGGCACUUUGGCUUGUUGGUUGAUAAGUGUCCGAACCCAAUAACAUGAAAUGUACCUACAUAAGUAUGAAAGAAAACUUGUAACAAG